GAGAGAGAGAGAGAAGAAGAAGAAGAAGAAGAAGAAAUAUCGGCCGAAACAAACCCGGCAAAUUGUUUCUUUUUCGUCAUGGAGCUGGUGGAGUUGACGAAACACCUGGACAAGAUCAAUGUUCCGCGUCCCGGCGACAGGAUAUACAAGGACGAGUGCGUUUUCUCCUUCGACACGCCAGAUACGGCCACCGGUCUCUACGUCAGUCUCACUACUUUCGUGGGUCUUGGACGGGAACAUGUCGCCUGGUACGCUAGGAAUACCGGCAACUCUGUGUAUCUUCAUAUUAAACGCACUAAGAAGGAAGAGUUAAGUUUUUUGUGGGUUCCAUCUGAGGAGCAAGGAGAUGGACCUGAAAAGAAAAUCACGCGCUUGGCGAUAGGAACAGCUGGUGGAUUCAUGCCUGAUCAACAGAAAUACACUUACGAGGAGGCCUAUCAAAUAGUCAUUCUACCUGAUUUCCUUACUAUUGCUUAUCCUGGGAAUGAUUUACCUGAAAAGGUAGUAGAGGCAGUUGAAACUAUAUUAAAGAUGGAAGGUGCAUGGGCAGUAGCACAGAUAGAAGCUGUAGCCAGCACAUGGGAUGGAGAAGUCAGAGUGGAAUCAAAGCACGCUGCAACAUUGAAACAGUUGGAUAAUGGCAAGAAAAUUCCACCGAGUGGUUGGAAAUGUGAAAAAUGUGAUCUCACGCAGAAUCUGUGGCUGAACCUGACCGACGGCAGUGUGCUCUGUGGUCGUAAGUUUUACGAUGGAAGUGGUGGCAAUGGCCAUGCGGAGGAGCAUUAUCGUGCUACUGGCUAUCCUCUGGCUGUGAAAUUGGGCACAAUCACGAAGGGCGGUAAGGCCGACGUAUAUUCAUACGAUGAAGAUGAUAUGGUGGAAGAUCCAAAUCUAGCAGUGCAUCUGUCACACUGGGGCAUCAAUAUCGCACAGAUGGAGAAAACAGAUAAGUCAAUGAUAGAGUUAGAGUUGGAUCUGAAUCAAAAGUUUGGCGAAUGGGUGUCCCUUCAAGAAGCAGCUAGUAAAUUGACGCCAUUGUAUGGUCCUGGCUACACUGGACUGACUAAUUUAGGAAAUUCCUGUUAUCUAAAUAGCGUCAUGCAGAUGUUGUUCAUUAUUCCUGAUUUCGUUAAGAGAUACGUGGAGAGAGCAUCGAGCAUAUUCGAACAUAAUUACGUCGACCCGGCAUCGGACAUUAGUGUUCAAAUGGCAAAAUUAGGCGUCGGCUUGCUUUCUGGCAAAUACUCGGAUCAACCGACCAAAUCCGGGACGGACGACGACUCACGGCAGGGUAUUCCUCCACGGAUGUUUAAGGUCUUGAUUGGUCGUGGACAUUCCGGCUUUUUCUCGAAUCGACAACAAGACGCUCAGGAAUUCCUGCUUUACCUUAUCAACUUACUCAAUCGCAGCAAUCGUCACGAGGUAUGUCCCACGGAAUGCUUUAAAUUUAAAGUCGAAGAGAGAUACCAAUGUGGCAAAUCCAACAAAGUUAAAUACACCAAUCGGCCGGAAUACAUCUUACCAUUGCCGAUACCGUUGGAAGCGGCGGUGAAUAAGGAUGAGGUAGCUGCAUAUGAGGCUCAAAAGAAGGAAGCUGAAGCAAAAGGACAAAAACUUGAUUCCAACACUCUUGUGAGGCCACGUAUAAAAUUGUCAUCGUGCCUCGAAAGUUUCAGUCGCACGGAAAUCGUGGAACAAUUUUAUAGUUCAGCAUUGAAUGAGAAAACGAUAGCACACAAAACUACCAGACUAGCCAGUUUCCCGGAUUACUUGCUAAUUCACUUGAAGAAGUUCACGGUGAAAGAGGACUGGACACCGAUCAAGUUGGAUGUAGCAGUGGAGAUGCCGGAUACAGUGGAUUUGAGUUUCUUGCGCGGAAACGGUUUGCAGCCUGGCGAGGAGCUGUUGCCGGAUGGCGCGACGCCACCGCCGCCAGUCUUCGAUGCGAAUCUCCUAAAGGAAUUGACGGACAUAGGUUUCCCACCGAACGCGUGCAAACGAGCUCUAUAUUUCACGGAGAAUCGCAGUCUGGAGGACGCGACCAACUGGGUGAUGGAACACAUCGCGGAUUCCGACUUCGACGAACCGUUUGUUCCGCCGGGAGUCGACGUCAAGACAGGCGAGAAUAAAUUUGUGCCAGAUCAGGCUGCUUUAGAGAUGGUAAUGGGUAUGGGCUUCACACGGCAGCAAGCGACGAAAGCUCUUAAAGCGACUAAUAAUAAUCUGGAACGAGCCGCCGAUUGGAUUUUCAGUCACCAAGUUGAGCUCGAUGCUCCGGAAACGGAAAGUAACGCGACACCGGCAAAAGAACAGUUCAGAGACGGAAGCAGUCGAUAUAAGCUAGUGGGCUUUAUAUCGCAUAUGGGUACAUCGACGAUGGUAGGCCAUUACGUUUGUCAUUUAUUGAAGGAAGAUCGAUGGGUGAUAUUUAACGAUGAAAAAGUUGCUUUAUCGGAAAAUCCACCGAAAGAAUUAGGAUACAUUUAUAUGUAUCAACGGGUCGACUAGUGUAACUGCUAUUUUGUAUAAAGAUGUUGCUUUUCAACAAUAAAAAAAGUGAUACAAAUA